AAUUAUUAUUUAUUAUUUAUUUUGUAAAAAGACAAUAGUUUUUCACUAGAGAGAGAGCUUUAAGCACGAUGCCUCGUCUUGAUUCUUUAGUGGGUGACAACGAAGGCGAAAUUCGCAAAUCGUCUAAGGCAAUUUAGACCGAGAUUGCAUGUGAAAAAUUUCAAACUCGGACAGUUGCAGUUUCAUGAAUAAUACAGGUAAGAGGUAAAAGUGGAUAAACUCAAAAACUCAGAAAAAGGCCUUGAUAAUCUGAAGUGGAUCUUGAAUUCAAAAUUAAAAACCUGUCCUGGCUUUUUCCCAAUUCAAAAUCUAGUGCAUCAAUCCUAAAUAAACCUAUAUAAACAACGCGACAUCUUUAAGUUUAGUGCCAUCAAUCAAUCGAUAAUUACUACUUCGGGGGUAAAAUUGCACAAGACGUUCAAUUAUAUAUUACAUGGUACGUUAUGGAAUAAUAUUUAUGUAGYUCGUAUCACAUUGCGUCUUGCAAGUUGAGAAUUACAAAGGCUAUGGCAACUUAUAGCAGUUCUUUUCCUCUUACAACUACGGCAACAAUCKACAAGGCACAAGCAACGCCCAUGUUCGCCAUUAACGUAAUUCUUUCCUUUAUUGGAACAUUUGGGAACUUUCUGAUAAUMUUUGCUGUUUUGAAAACACCUCAACUUCGUCAAAGACCGUCCAAUAAUCUUCUCUUGAGUUUAGCUGUAGCAGAUUUGGUAGUGACCAUGGUAGUACAGCCCUUGUUCACUACUGGAGCAGCUCUGGCAACAUUUGAGGGCAAAUGCAAUCCUCUCCUUGGGUAUACCCAAUUUACUACAGGUGCAUUCUCUUGUAUUAGCUCGGCAUGUCAUCUGGCAGCCGUCAGCAUUGACCGAGUAAUUUCAGUGGUCAAACCUCAUCAUCACCACGAAAUCAUGAAGAAAUGGAACAAAAUAGUGUUGGCCAUUUGUUGGGGUACUGCUAUUGUACUAACCGGAAGUUCAUUUGUUGCAUACAAACUGGUAGUCGCGGUCAUUCAGUCCAUUAUCAUGAUGUGUGAGGUUGUCAUGAUUUGCUCAUAUGCGAUAAUCCUCUACAAGGUGAAAUGUUCUCAUCAAAUUGCAGUAAUGUCACCGUCUGCAGCAAGUGAAAGAGCCAAGGAGAAUCGCAUGUCUGGUACAAUUGCAAUUGUCAUCGUGUUGUUUGCUGUAUGCUGGUUCCCUUUUAUCGGCAUCAGCUUCGUGCAUCGUGUUGGCAUUCUCUGUCAAUAUGAAGCGAAAAUCUGCUGGGUCACAACUCUGUUGAUGGCCAACUCUUCCAUGAAUUUCAUUGUGUACAGUUUAAGAAUCCGUCAGUUCCGCGCUGCAUACAUGACAAUCAUCACCAGAAUUUUCCAACGACUUAGACAGGUU